UACCGGUGAAAUUGACAUAAAAAUAAAAUUUAAUUAAAUUGCUAAUUUGCUUUGUUUACGCGAUUAAAGACAAUAAAUAAAAAAAGCGAACGUAUGUUAAGAAAUGCAAAAAUGAUGAAAAUAACUGCACUCAAUGAAGAUGAGCAUGGAGAUACUUCCGAGCAGGAUGAAGUAACCGUCAUUAAGGAGGCCCAGGAAGCAAUAGCAGAGAAUGAAUAUGUACGUGCCAUUAAAUUUAAGGCUGAAGGCAAUGAUGAAUUGGCCUUAACCAUCCUAAAUGAUCUGUUGGAAACGCAAGUACUUAUUGAGGGCAAUAAAGACGACAAACUGAGGUUCAUCAAAUACAAUUGUUACAAAAAUAUUGCUUUCAUAUUUGAGGGCAGGAGCGAAUAUGGCAUGGCCCUGCAAAACUACGUUUCUGCCUUGUUGAUAGACAGCGCGGAUGUGUAUACUUCGCAUAAAUUUGGUCAAAGGGCUUUAGAAAUGCGCUGCAUAGAAUUGGCCGAAUAUGCUUUCGAUAAUUGUCUAAGAAACAAUGCCUCACAUUGGAGAGCAGCUGAUGGAAUGUUGAGUACUUUGUAUAAUGCCAGAAAUCUUCUUGGGUCAUAUGUCUUUGCCAAAAAGAUACAACACCGUAAUCCCAAAAACCUGGAAGCUGUUGGUAUAAUAGAUGAUAUUGCGACUUGGUUUAGGUUUGCUCCAAAAAUCCUGGUUAUGUGUGGACGAUCCUCCUUUGAGCCCACAACAUUCAGCAGCAAAAAGAGUUUGACUUUUUUAUCUGGCCUAACACAAAACGAUGUAAAAGAUGAAAAUGAUUCUAUAAAAAUCGAUGAAUACCUGCAGCAGAUAACUCUGGAAGAUUUGUCUUGGCAAACUGUUGGACAAUUUAUUUUAAGUUAUUGCGCUUUUUUGAAGGAUAAUGGAGCUGAUUUCUUCCAUGUGUUUAAAUUUAAUGAUGUUGUAAAAAGUGGGCAGAGCACACUUAAUGGUGGCGAGGAGAUGAAAGACGAAAAUCCCCAGCCCCAGGACAAUGAAAAUGCCCAGGAAUCAACUAUUAAUAAUACCACAGAUACUUCUAACUUGGAACAAAACAAAUGUACUGCUCUAGAAGUCUCGGACAUGCAAACUGUGGACUCCAAUAACGAAGACUCGGAUUCCAAUAAUAAAUUGGAGGGCGGCGAAGGUAGCAGAAGUAAAGCUAGAAGGCGCUGCAGCGAUUUACACUUUCUAGAGCAAUGGGGUUGGCAUAAGAAUCGAAGGUAUUCUUCGCGAAAAAAGACAGACAAAGAAGAAACUGAAGAUACUCUUAAGGCCUUCCUGCAAAGAACAUUUGCAAAAUAUUCACGCAAAUCUGCGGAUGAUACUUGGCCAUUUAGUUCGCAAUCCAGCAAAAACAAUAUGAAACAUGAUGCAGACUUCAAGUGCUUGGAUUGCAAGAACUCUAGCGAGGAUGGCACAUCAUUCCAAAGUAAUACCCAAAGCCAAUUUGAAAUGUUUUUACAAAAACUACAAGAGCAACAAAUUGACAUAAUGAUGGUUAUUUUUAAAUGGCUGGAAUAUAUAUCGCAGUGCUGGAACGUUCCUUUACCGCAAGAGAUAAAGCAGCAGUACAUAGAUAUUUUCGAGCUGUAUAUAGACCAUUAUGAUCUGGGUAGCUGGAAUCAGCUCUCUUCCACCAUUUACGAGUCUUCCUAUCGCAUUUGCAUGUUGUUUCUGGAGCUAACCCUGAAUAGCGGGAAUUUUCAAAAUAGAAUUUGGGACAAGGUGUUCCAUCAUUUGUGCUUUAACUUGGGCAAUUGCAAAAUUGUGAUACAACACAAAAACUACGACUUUGAACUUAGACUACUCUAUAUAAAAUAUUUGCUAUGUGCAGCCAAAUGCCAGUUCAACGAUUGUCUAAGAUGUCUUAAGCAAGUAUCUUCGAUACUGGCUGAUAGAAAUCCUACUUUUGUUCUUCAUUUACCUAACUCUGGAAAUGUUUGUUUAAAUGUGGAAUUCAUGCAACUGAUGGAGAGACAAUAUUUAAGUCAAAUAGAUGUUUGCAAUAUUCCCAAGCUAUAUGAAGCCGAACUAUGGCCUCAGCUGGCAGAUAUUGUUACACGUAAUGUAGAAACCAGCAACAAUAACUAUGAAGAUGAAAAUUGGCUAAGAGAUUUUGUAACGAUGCUGGAAAUCCUAUUGCAAUCUCUUUGGAAAAUGUCCUCAUACGAAGAUUGUAUAAGCUGGGCCGAGAAAUGCUAUCACUACGCCGUUUGCCAUUACUUAGAGGAUAACAAAUCGUAUGAACGCCAGAAAAUGCUGGCAGAUUUAAUUAAUUUUAGCACUUCUUAUAUGGAAGCAAUAAUUUUAAAAGAAGGCCACCAAAUCCUUAUGCAUUUGAGUGAGGAUGAACUUUCUCGUAUGGUGGACAACAUUACGCGAAUUUUAGUCUAUCAAUUUGAAGGAAACGCCGAAAGGAACAGCAGCCAUGGAUCGGAUUUGAACUUCAAGCGAUCGUGGACCAUACUGCAUCAGUUGCUGUUGAGAGAAGAGAUGUCCGAAAGUUCGGGAGUAUCAAGCGAAGUGGUGCCAAAUUCUUUCCUGUUGUUAUUUACCGCACACGAUUAUUUGGGCAAACGACAGUGGUGCUCUGUGGAGAAUGGAGAAUUUCUACAAUAUGCCCUGGAUGCGGUGGUGUUCAAUUUUAAGGCCCCCAUUUAUGAUAUGUGUCGCGACAUAAUCUAUGAAAAUAUAGAACAGCUUACCUAUUGCCUGUUCAAGUACCCUCAGAAAAAGGCUCGCUCAAAACAUUUGGAAGACCAUGAGGCAUAUCCUCUAAAGCUGACCUGGGAGAGGUCACUGCAAAUAUUCGAUUUAUAUAAGCCGGAACAUUUGCCUGAGUUCAACUCCUACAAACUGGAAUCCAUAAGUUCUGAUAUGGAGCAAAUGCUUAUAAAAAUCAUGUCUUUGCUGCCCAAAGAACUUGAUCCUUCACAAUUUGCCCAAAGGGUGAUAAGUUACAUAGAGGGUGAAAGUGAUACCAACAUAGAUGAAAUUCAUGAAUGUACCAUACCUUACAAAAUCAUAGAUUUGUAUUAUCUAUUGGGCGAUUUUUAUUUUAAAAAUCGCGAUUUUCAGAAAGCCACCAAAUUCUACACUUUGGACUUGGUCAUUAACCCCACCAGGUUCGAUUCUUGGGCCGGCAUAGCCUUAUCCAAGGCAAGCCAAAUCGAGACCAAACUUAAUGGUCUGGAGCAAAUCAGCAUAGAUUCUUUAUGGAAGGAAUGUGACCAAGUAAUGCGUUGUUUUGAGAGAUGCACUGCUUUGAAUAAAUACCAAACCCUCUUGUGGAUUGAAUAUGGUUCCUUCUGCUAUACCAUACACUCGUAUCUCUCGCGAUACCUAAAAUAUAGUCCAAAAAAUAUGCUAGAACCCCCAGGAGAUGAUGUGGAGCAGCGUAAAGAGCAUAUGUUGAAUAUAGCCCAGAAUUGCUUUACCCUGACCAACUCCAUACAAAAUUCUACAUUAAGUCAAAUGGACGAUGGCAGUGAUAGCAAUGAUGAGAAAUGGCUAUGCCAAUAUAUGCUGGGAAAAAUUGCCGAAAAACGCAAGCAGGAGCCUAAGAUUUAUUUAACUCACUAUCUAUCGGCAGCAAACUACUUAUAUGAGAGCAAUGCCUCCUAUCCGAUUAAAAUAAAUCACAGUAAUCCCACACCGCUUUCAGUGGAAGCACUUGAGGUAUUCUAUCGCAUAAAUGCUGCUAUCAUCAAGUAUAUAGCACGCGAGGGAUCUGUGUCUAGAUACAACGGCGAACUAUUUACCAAGGUUCUAAUAAAUCUUUCGAAUAGCCCUUUUGCUUUUAAUAAAGCCAAAAUUGAUGGAAACUCUUUGACAAUGUUAAAAAACAAAAUGGCAGAAAAGGCACCAAAUUUGCCCGUUGGUGGAGCGGUGCCCAUGGCAAUUGAUGCCAAUGAAAAUGAAAAACCUGCUGAGAAUGCAACUCCCCUGGAGACGCCCGCUCGCAGAAUAUCUCAAGAAAGCUCAAGAUCAUCAUCCAGAAGCAGCUCGACUUCCACCAUUGCAUCCACAGAAUCGUCCAGUGUUCACAGUGAAUCUGAAAUGGAUUUAAAUCUAAAAUCUCAUGCCAGAAAUGAAUCCACCUACUCGCUGGAGGAAUUGAAAACCAUAUACAGAAUGGUGGUACAAAACAUAGAGGAGUGUGUGACCCGUUUUCCCGAACAUUACAAAUCCAUAUACCGUCUGGUGCAUCAUUUUAUGUAUGCUCCCCCAGGACACCGUAAUUUGGAGGCUUGUGAAAAGCUGUUGAUAGGACAAUACAAAACCACUCUGGGAAAUGUGGUAAACGGCAUCUUCUAUGAAAGGAAAAAUAAUAAUUUGUUUAAUGGCAUAUGGCGCAUACCCUCUUCAGAGAUUGAUAGGCCGGGCAGUUUUUCGGCCCACCUAGUGAAAUGCGUCAAAAUAUUCACAUCUCUGCUGUCUGAAACCAACAACCAUAAGAUAUUAAUAGACAUUGCCUUGAAUUUGUAUAAAACUCCCGAUGUGGAUAAACGCUAUAUAGCAGAUGCUGCCCGCAAAGAUCUCUAUCAGGAAUGCAUUAGCAAUACCCUGCAAAUUUUGCGUAAUAUUCUGGCCAAAAAUCAAAAUCAAAGAGAUGAUAUGGAACUGAUUGACCUAAUGCUGGACAUUUAUAAGAUACAUAAAAAAUGCAUAAAAUACAUGAAUCAAAAGGAGCAUACAUUCACCAAACUGCUGGUGGAGGUUUAUAAGCUAUUCAUAAAGGAUAAGGUAGAGCGUAUUCCUGAAAAUCUCAACUUUUUGGAUUUGGCCAUAAAGCUGUGUGUGCAGGAAAUUACAGCACGAAAAGCUAUGGAAAAAGAAGAGGGGAAAAGUUCCACAGAGACUACUACCAGUGUAUCGCAAGCCUUGGUUUCAAAGGCUAUACCAGGUUUUGGUGUGAGCUGCAAGAAUCGCCCAACUGCUGCUAAAAUGGAAACAAUUAACAAUACGCUGCCAUAUAGGUCUGAUGUUUCAGAUGCUGUCAAUUAUUUGGAUAAACCCUUAUUUCCUCAAUUCAUGUCAGCGCUAAUAACUGCUGAACAUCUACAACAUGGCUACUCUUCAAACAGAGUACCAGAACAAGAAAUUCGCUCAACUAGUGUAGAAACAUUAGAGGUAGCCCCAGUUCCUAGCACCUCCAUGUUGCUGCCAUCAUAUCAAGAGUCCAUGGAGAAGGCGACUACCAACAUGCAACAGUUCUUACAAACUGCUGAUCUGCAAUUGUCCUCUAAAUCAAAAAGUUCUAUGAAAAAUAAAAAAAUGGACUAUAGACCCUAUGCCCGUCAGGACACACAAAAGCCCACAAAUGAACCAUUUCAAUUGUAUCCUGGUAGUUAUGGCAAAUUUGAACAAGAUUUAUCUAUACAUAAAGCCCAUACCUCGUCCAUACCUUCGCCACAACACAAUUAUAUGCGAACUGAGUUUGAAUUAAUCAAAAAUUUGGCCAUGCAUGCCAGUUCAUUAGUUGAGAGUAAUUUGAUGAAAAAAGACGAAGCUAUGACUAAAUCAUCCAGUGUACUCAAUUCACUGGUCUCCAACAUAUUUCAAAGCAAUGUUGACAUGAGUUCAGUAACCAACACUCUGCAACAGCAGAGCUUAGCAGAACGUCAGUAUAUCAAUCAGAUGAAAGAAUUGGCCGCUGCAUCCACCAUAGCAGCUGCUGCUGAAAAAUUAAAGAAAAAUGUUGCCGCAGAAGCUGAUAAUAUGGAUGAUGUGAUUGUAUUGGACUAAAUGUUAAAUACAAAGCUAUAGGAGGAUCUAGCAAAAUGUCCAUCAGAUGGAAGGAUUAAUUGCCGCAUCCCAUAUGGAUGAUGGUAAGAACAUAUACGAAAAAUGUUUCCUCUGAAGCUAGUAUUGGACUAAAUUUUAUAUUCAAAGUGUCAUGAAUUAAGGCGCUUGAAGGAAGGAACAUUAAGCUAAAAUUGUAUAUGGUGGCUAUCAUAGUCAUAAGGAAAGUCAACUGGAAUCGUAAGCUACGGCGGUUGAAGGAAGAAACAUUAAGCUAAAAAUGUAUGUGGUGGCUAUCAUAGUUAUAAGGAAAGUCCACUGGAAUCAUAAGCCCUAUAUCGGGCAUAUUAAAAUAGUUUUUAACUGAAUACCAAAUGGGAAUACUUAAUCGCAUUGAAUUAAAUUAUUUACGUUUGUUUUUAAUCCAUAAAAGAAUCAUUCCUUUUGUUCAACUUUUGGGAAAUGGAAACUCAAUGGGUAAUCUUUGGACUAGAGAAACCUAAAUCACAGACUUUUAAAACAUACAUAUAUAGUUUAUAAUUUAAUGCUAACUAC